GUUGGCCCAGCCCAGUAGCCAGAAACUCCUCGGCAGCGCCGACACUCGCAGUCGCUGGCAGCGUUCUUAUUCGGCAAGUCGUUGUUUCUCUCGAGGCGAGCGCUGACAUUCCGCAGUAGAGUGCGUCGGCGAGGAUGAGCGACACCAUCUGCACGGGCUCGCACCUGAAUCAGAGAACCUUCAAGGAGGACGAAUACUGGGAGUCGUUUCAGUCGACCCUGAUCUCCGGCCAAGUGAUGAGCGUCGAUCCGGACGCGAGCGAAUUGAGCACCACCCUCGAGGACGACUCGCCCGAGGAGAACACGCUGAACAUGAACCUCGACGCGAUACCCGACGCCGAUCCCGACGACCUGUUCUUUGACUGCCCCGCGUUCGAGACGAGUCCCGCCAAUUUGGUACGGAGCGCCAACCCCGUGAGGAUCGCGUCGCCAGACCGGCGCGUGAAGCCCCAGUUCUUCACGGUGCAGUUCUCCUCGCCGCCCGACAGAAACCACAAUCUCUCCAGCAGGGUGAACUGCGAGGCGUCGCCGCGCAAGCAGCGACCCGAAUCCGCUAGAAGGGUCUCCCCGGCAAUGUCCGCCACGACGUCCCUGGCGAGCGCCUCGUCGUCGCCGUCGCACGCGGACAUGAGAACGGGCGCGCUGCUCGUGCAGAUGGCACGCGACUUCGACGACCUCAAGGACCACGCGCAGUCGACGCCGAAGCUCUCGUCGGACAGCGGCAACCCGUCGUCCGGCUCGUUCAGCGAGGAGGUGGCCUGGUCGCACGAGGCCAGCUCCAUCGAGCGCAUCAGAAAGACCCUGGACUUCCACAACGCCGACACGAUCGUGGUUCCCCGCAAGCAGAUGAUGGGGAAAAGCAGCAGAGCCGGCGCCAGAGCCGUGGCUGUGCGCAGAGCUUCGGAGAGGCCGUCGCCGCUGCGGACGCGAAUGGGCAAGGUGAAGCUGCUGGCGGGCUACUUCCAGAGUUUCGCCAGCGAGUCGGCCGCGUCCAGGUCCCUGCCCAAGAGUCGAAUACCGCUGCCGGUGCGCAAGUCGUCGCAACUGCUGUCGCACGUGAAGAGGUCGCCGCAGGCGAAGAGCCGAGCCUCGCGAAGUCCCACUUAUCAGACGAGAACGUCGUACAAGCUGCUGUCGUCGCGGCCGGGCACGCCCGGCCACUCCAGGGCUCAUCCGGCGACGGCCACGACCUUUUGCUCCAGCGGCAGCGAGUCCUUUCUCACUCGCAACCAGCGCAAGCUUUGCGCGCGCACCACAAGGGUCCAGUCGUGCUCGGACGCCAACGACGCGGAGAUGCGGCCCGUCGACGAGGCCUGCAAGAGCCACUCCACCGGGGACCUGCCGUCUGGGUCCGUCUCUUCGUCCUCGAUCAAAGCAAUACACUCCAGCAAGAUCACCACGAGGAAGUAUGCGACGGGGAAGCUGACGCCGUUGAGGGGCCCGUCGCCCAGGCUGACGCCGUCUAGGAAAGUCUCGGCUAUCAGCAGCAGAAGAAGCGUCGGCGCUCAGCUCAAGAGGAACAUGACGCCCGUCAAGCCCGUCAAGGAGCUUUGCAAGCUCUUCACUCCUUCGAAGCGCUCCACCGACAAGGUUUCGCAAAAGUCACUAGUUGUGCCCAAGAUCGUCAUCACUCAACAAUAGUUUCCCCUUUCCCAGAGAAACUCUUCUACGCAAACAAUGAUUAUUACCGAACGAAUUGAUUAUUUAACCGUUACUAUUAAUAUGUCGGAAUCGCGUGCAUUUGAAAUGCUACAUUUAUUGAUCGUGUCAUUUGAACUUUUCUACGAGGACUUUUUUAUGAUUGACUAUUUAUUAGUGUGAAAGUGUUGAUAUUUAUUAAUUAUGUACUGAAUGAUAUAAUGCUAUGUGUAUUUAUUAAAUCGUCUUAUUUUUGUAUUUUAAAA